CAGAAAAUAAAAUAAAUAGUAAACUUAAAAAAUGCGUGAAAUCUUGUUGAAGGGCGCCUAAAAGACGACCGUUACAAUUUCGGCAGAGCGAAGCAAACAAAACGCAAAACGAAAGCUUCCUCCAUAAGUAUUUACAUAUAGAGACACAUACCAAAAGGGGAGGCAGCCAUGGCGGUCGGGUUGGGGGCUGUCAGGGUUGGGGCCAGCGGUGGCCAAACUUUUAUCUCUGUGCUUGUUGUUGUUGUUGCCGUUGGUAUUUGCGUGUUAUUGUUUACAUGCGAAGCGAAUGCCAACUCACUGAACGCCAUCGACACGGAAGAGCCGGCGCGACGCCACCACCAGCGACACCACAACGACUACGAGCGCGACCGCGAGCGGGAGCGGGAGGAGAAGGGCUAUUGUGCUCCGUAUAAUGGCAAAGUGUGCAAGCAGUUCAUUAGUGGCCCCGUGUGGUACAGUCUGGAGGAUCCAACUGGCGGCUGGCACAACGAGCAGAUCACCACAGCGCUCUGGGAGGAGCUAAUUGUCGACCUGACGGGCCUGUGCCGCGAGGCAGCUGAGAAAAUGCUUUGUGCUUAUGCGUUUCCACGCUGCCAUGUCGAGAACGGACGCACCAUCAAGGCGCCGCUCUGCUUUGAGGAUUGCCAGGCCACGCACCUGCAGUUCUGCUACAACGACUGGGUACUGAUUGAGGAGAAGAGGGAGCGCAACAUGUUCCUCAAGAGUCGGGCUCACUUCAGGCUACCCAACUGCACGGCGCUGCCGCAUUAUGAUGCCAGCAUGCGGCGUUCCAGCUGCUCCUACAUAGGCCUCGCCGAAAUCAAGGAGUCGGAGGUCAGCUAUGACUGUCGCAACGGCAACGGGCGCUACUAUCUGGGCACUAUGAAUGUAACCAAGUCGGGCAUUCCCUGCCAGCGCUGGGAUACACAGCAUCCGCACAAGCACAUACAACCGCCGCUGGUCUUUGCACAGCUAACCGAGGGCGAGAACUACUGUCGAAAUGCCGGCGGCGAGGAGCCGGCACCUUGGUGCUACACCCUGGACGAAUCUGUGCGCUGGCAACACUGCGAUAUACCCCUUUGCCCUGACUAUGUGGAUCCCAAUGCCAAGGAUCUGAACACACCCAUUAAAAUGGAGGAGUUUUUUACGCCCUCGAUGAUAUUCCUGCUGGCAGGCAUCGGCUUCAUUGGCAUUGUAGCAUUGCAUCUGAUCAUAUUACUGGCUUACAAGCUGUCCAAGCACAAGGAUUACUCGCAGCCGUCGCAGGCAGCGCACGGGGAAUGCGGCGCCUCCGUGCGCGGUGACUGCAAUCUGUCCGCCAGUCGGGAGACCCUCGGGUCGACGGGCUUUGCUCCCACUAGCCUCAAGUGCGGCACCAUACGCAGCACUGCGACCAUACACAGCAAUUGCGUCAUGCUGACGACCACAGCAGCGGUGCAGGAGCCCAAGACAAAGCUAAAUGCACGCCUGGAGAAGCUGGAGUAUCCACGCGGCGAGAUUGUCUACGUACGCUCGCUGGGCCAGGGCGCCUUUGGGCGCGUCUUUCAGGCCAAGGCACCGGGUCUGGUGCCGGGCAACGAAGACCUGCUGGUGGCCGUCAAGAUGCUGAAGGAUGAAGCCAGCGAACAAAUGCAAACGGACUUUGAGCGCGAGGCCUGCCUGCUGGCCGAGUUCGAUCAUUCCAACAUUGUCAAGCUGCUGGGGGUCUGUGCCCUGGGCCGACCCAUGUGUCUGCUGUUCGAGUACAUGUCGCCAGGGGAUUUGAGCGAAUUCCUGCGCGCCUGCUCGCCGUAUGCGACUCAUCAGGUGCAGCAACGCAAUCGGCAAGAGCUGGAUGAGCUGCAGCUGCUUCACAUGGCCUCGGAUGUGGCCUCCGGCAUGCUGUACCUGGCCGAGCGCAAGUUUGUGCAUCGCGACUUGGCCACGCGCAACUGCCUCAUCAAUGAGCACAUGACCGUCAAGAUAGCGGACUUCGGACUCUCGCACAAGAUCUAUCUGCAGGACUAUUACAAGGGCGAUGAGAACGAUGUCAUACCCAUACGCUGGAUGCCCAUUGAGAGCAUUCUGUACAACAAGUUCUCGCUGGAGUCGGACGUGUGGGCUUUCGGUAUCUGCCUCUGGGAGAUCUUUUCCUUUGCUCUGCAGCCCUACUUUGGCCUAACGCACGCCGAGGUCAUCAAGUACAUCAAGGAGGGCAACGUGCUCGGCUGCCCGGACAACACACCGCUCUCCGUUUACGCUCUGAUGCGACGCUGCUGGAACAGCAAGCCCAGCGAACGGCCUGGCUUCGCGGAAAUCAAUCACUGCAUCCAGCACAGCAUUGCUGAGAGCGAGUGCAAGGCGAUGCUCUAGGAUGUCCACCAGCAAAGAUAAAUCGAAAUUAUUCCGUCACUGUUUCAGACAUUCUCAACGAAUCCGUAUCCGUAAUCCAAAUGCUCUCCAAGCUGUCUUCCGGAGCAGACGCACAAAUUACAUAGUCUUAGUCAUUUAUCU